AGCCGGAGCCGCGCACCGGCCGGUUGAGCUGCGCGGGAGGCUCCGCCGGCUCCAAACUCCGGUUCGGCCGGCCCAGCUGCCGGCACGGCCGCCGAGUCCCGCUCUGCGCUCACGGGAGCCCGCAGGGUCAGGUCGGGGGGUGGCGGCACCGCGUGCAGCCCCCAGGUGUACGCGCUCACCGGAGCCCAGCCUCGCUCUGCCCGCUGCUUCACAAUAGAGUAGAACUCAAUUGAACGGGGGGUGCCUGUAUCCCGAGGUUGGCCACAAAGGUGAUUAGCAUCACUUCAUUAAUCCUCUUGCAUGAAUUCACGCACCCCGAGCAUCCCAGCAGGGUGGGCGGUCAUUGGGGUCCCGCGCUCACAUCGCUCCCGCUGGGAUCCCGACCAAACAUCAGCGCUGCAGCAGAGAAGCCCCGGGGCCAAUUCCUGCCCUGCCGCGGCCGUGGGACGGCGCUCAGCCCCCGGGGCAGCUCCGCACGGGCAGCAGAUCUGGGACCGGGAGAAGAAGCUGCUGAGCAUCGGCCCCGGCAGGAUGAAUGGCUGCAGUGAAAACCCCCAUCAUCCCGUGACAGCUUAUAGCUUCAUUUACAUGAUGCCUCUGUCGGCUGUGACAAACAAUUGCCACGCUUAUCACACACCCCCUGCCAUAAAUAAUCCCAGCCCAGGUGCUGUGCCUCUCAAACGGCGGCACGCCAGCCCUCGUUAUGUCACGCUGUGCUAUGAAUCUCAGCUUUAACAUUAAUGUGGCUGUGCAGCUUUCCAACGCAGCCUCGUCAUUUUGAAAGCAUCAGUCAUACGCUCCUUCAGGAACCUCUCAGGCUACAGAAGCUCUUCUGGAUCAUUUUAUUUAUGUCCUCCUUGCUCUCAUUGUGCUUAGGACCUGAUAAUUGCACUCAGCUUUUGGGCUUGGAUUUAUGUAUUUGUUUGUUUUGCCGUUGUGGUCUAUGUUCUGCUCUGUAUUCCAUGAGAUGUGUCACGCAGGAAUUAAGUUCAGUGGGUUUGGUUGCACGGCUUUAUAAACAGAUGCAGCAAUUAGGGAUAUCAGGGAUGGGCUGCUCCUCCCUCACCCUGGCAGCUCAGAGCACAGCGGAGCUGGGGAUAAGGCCCUCACAUGGGAACCUCCAUCCCCAGCAGGUUGUCACAGAAACCCAAAGGAAAGGUUGGACGCCUCCUCUGCCUCCAUGCAGCAACGCUGCACGACUCCUCGCAGCCCAGCACUUACUCACCCCGGCAGGCUAUGGGCAUGCUGCUCCAGGCACAGAUGCUGGCAAAGUGUUCUGCAUGUUCUACGCCAUCCUGGGCAUCCCCCUGACACUCGUCAUGUUCCAGAGCCUGGGUGAGCGCAUGAACACCUUCGUGCGGCUCCUGCUCAAGAAGAUCAAGAAGUGUCUGGGCAUGAGAACAACCAACGUCUCCAUGGAGAACAUGGUCUUGGUGGGCUUUCUGUCCUGCAUGGGAACACUCUGCAUUGGAGCAGCAGCCUUUUCCCAGUAUGAGGAAUGGAGCUUUUUCCAUGCUUACUAUUACUGCUUCAUCACCUUGACCACCAUCGGCUUUGGAGACUAUGUGGCCCUGCAGAAGAAAGAGGCCCUGCAGAAGAAGCCUCCCUACGUGGCCUUCAGCUUCAUGUACAUCCUGGUGGGGCUGACGGUCAUCGGGGCCUUCCUCAACCUGGUGGUGCUGCGCUUCCUCACCAUGAACUCAGAAGACGAGCGGCGCGAUGCCGAGGAGAGGGCUUCCCUCCGGAGGGCCCGCAACACCAUCCACCUCACAGCCAAGGAGGACGGGCACAGUAACAAGGCCAUCUUCCUGCCGGCAGCAGACAGGACCAGCCAGAUGAACCUGAUCCCGCUGGUGCAGGAGGACGCGGAGCGGCAGCGGCGGCAGUCAGCCAAUGGGGCGGGCAAAGUGCCGGCCUUCUGCACCUGCCUGUGCUACCGGGCCCCGCUGUGCGGCAGCCCCACGCCCUCCCACCCCGAGACCCUGAGCUGCCACACCAACCCCGUCUACUACAACUCCAUUUCAUACAAGAUCGACGAGGUGUCACUGAGCACACGGGGACAGACUGGCUCGUCCCCAGCCAGCACCUUGUCAUCCAGCAGCCCCCGCUGCCCGCGGCACCCACGGCCACGCAGGAAAUCCAUCUAGGAGCUUCGUUGUGCUGAUGAACUAUUAGCGGAGCAAUCAGGCCCCUCCGACCUCUUUCAUUUCUUCUGUUCCUCCCUCCCAGCUGGCAGCCAGCCCAACACAGGGGACCUUGGGCCUGGAGAUGGCAUCGCUUCUCCAGCAGGGAGCCAGCCCCAGUAAUGCACUGUUUGGUUUUCCUUCCUCCCAGGCAGGCUCAAGCAUUUGGGUCUGAAGAGGCCCUUUUAAUGUAGGUCUGCUUUCCCACCUGCCUGCUCUCAAAAUGAAGGUGUUGCUGCCUUGGUCAUUGAGCCACAGUCGCUGCCUCUAGCCACACAGGCUGUGCCACAUCUGCCAAGAGGACUGCAAUGGCCAAACUCACGUUAGCAAGUCCUGCAGGGCUGAAGACGUCCCACAGGCUGUUCCCUGGGUAUAAAUGAGGCAGUGCCAUGCAAGGACAGGACCCAGGGUGGGCUGCAGCCCUCUGGCUGAUGGCAGUAUGGCUGUUGAAGGGAUUUAGAAGCCCUAGAGCUGAGCUCCAUGCACCCACCUGCCAACAGGUUGUGCAGCAUCACGCUCACAAGGACUGCUUGGUGAGAAGGACUGCAGCCAAACCUGUGAGCUGUGCAGAAGGCUCAGCCGCAGUGAGCUCCAGCCUGAACCAUGCAGCCACCUGCACAGGGUCAGGUCCAGAUCAGGACAUCAGCAAAGGGCCCCAGCAAGGAGGCUGCUUCCAGCUGGUGCCCCAUGGUCCCACCAUGCAAGAGAGCAGGGCUGGGCUCUGGCAUUGGGAGCAGCUCUGCUUCACUUUUUUGUUUUCCCCUAAUAAACAGAUGUUUUCACUCAGUUCUAUCUAAAAUCCCCUCUUGUGUGGUUUUCCUCUCCAUUUUGCCUCCAGUGGGGAAGGCAUGCACAGUACCCACAUCAGGAUGGCUUCAGAAUAGGCUUUGCUGUCUCCUUCUUGUUCUGGGAGGUUUAAUAAAAGGUCAACCCCA